GAGUGCAUUUCACCAGACAUAAGGCCUUGCUUUGAAGGAGUUGUCAAGUCCUGCCAGACAGCCCUUGAACCUCUGCACCCAGAAGAUCCCAUAAAGUCUGUACUGUACCGAAUGUCCCAGAAGCCUCCCCUCCAGGUCCCUGGGUGGACCUGCCUCCUUGGAUGAGGAGAUGCCCCAGAUGGAUCUGGUUUUCCGUACAGAAUCACAGAGGUUGUGGUUGCUGGGCUUCUCCAGGCCCAGGGGCCCCAGACUGGGUAGAUCAGCCACACCUGCCUGCAGUUCUGAGGAAGAGGGCGGAAACAGCCAGGGCCCGCCCUCACUUGCUCUCCCCGCUCCUGUGAUCUGUGCCGCCGUGCCACAUACCCUCACUUCCCCAAACAGGCAGCUGUAGUUUUUAGAGCCCGAUACCCCUCCCUGGUGGCAUGCCCGGGGUCAGUGUGGGUCCUCCAUUCCCGGGGUGACUGACUGCUCAUGUGGAUGGAGCCAUGGUCUCUCGUGUUCCUGCUGCUGUUGCUGCUGAGGCUACAGGACUGUGUCUCAGACCUUGCUCAGCAAGUCCUGUCUCCCCAGGUCCCUCCAACGAGAACGUGUACAACAAAGUGUGGCGGCGUGAAGGGGAGUCUCUGUCUGUGCAGUGCUCCUACAAGAACCGCCGGAACCGCGCAGAGGGCAAGGCUUGGUGCAAGGUCAGGAAGAAGAAGUGUGAGCUCAGCUUCACGCGGAGCUGGGUGAAGGGUCCCAGCUACUCGAUGCAGGAUGAUGCCAAGGCCAAGGUGGUCCACAUCACCAUGGAGGCCCUUCGGGUCCAGGACUCCGGAAGAUACUGGUGUAUGCGGAAUACGGCCGGGAACCUCUACCCUUUGGUGGGUUUCCAGCUACAAGUAUAUCCAGCCCUCACAACUGAGAGAAACCUUCCUCGCACGCAUCUAACCAACACCCUGGAGAGUGGAUUUGUCACAACGGGCCAGGUCCCCAUGUCAGGCCCUCACGCCCCCUUCACCCCUGACGUGACUGUGUUCACAUCUGGACUCCUCACCUUGGCCUCAGGGACCACCACGCCAACCCCCGUGACAAGCUACGGUUUCACCGACUCCAGCAGCACCAUCACAGAGCCCGCAAGCAGCACAGAGCCCCAGCCAGCGACCGUGUCUCCUAGCAAUGCGAGACCCUUCUCUGCUGAUCCAGUGACCACGUCCACUGUGUCCAGACACCUGAGCAGUGGCUUGUCUACCACAGGGAUGUACCACCAGUUAACCCCCAACAGGUCGCAGAGCAUGUACCUCACUGCAAUGGCAGUGGUGCUGACGCUCCUUCUGGUUCCUGUGGUGGGGCUGGUCUAUGGGUUUUGGAAGAAGAGGCAUAUGGGAAGCUACAACUUGAGCAGCAACUCCGCUAAACCCUGGAUACACCUUCCUGAAGGAUCAGAGACGCUGUGGAAGCCUGCGUGGUCUAGGAUAACUCAGUGAUCUGGGAAGAUGUUUCCAGUGGGCUCAGAGUCCAGAAGAGGACGGAGGAGCAGGAAGUGGCCCAGGGGCAGGACAGCACAGGUGCCUAGCUUUCCUCAGGGCCACUGUGUCUUCAGCGUCCCUCUGCUGCCGAAAAACUUCUCCGGAUGUUUGGAGACAAGAGCCAGCGCUCAUGAGCCCUUGAGGCAGCCAGCAUCUCUGUUCUGGGUGAGAAGGGACAGUGACUAAGACCCGGGAACACAGAGGAAUUGGUAGCAGGAGGUCCCAGAGCUGACCAAGGUCACUAUCUUCUGAUGUACCCUGACGGUGGCGGCAGGUCCCUUCUGUCUUGGAACCACACAUUUCUCUUGUCUCCUGCCUGUUAACCCCUCUCAGGCCAAUGAGAGCCUUCAGCUACAGGGCCAGCCUUUCCCAGGUGCAAAGGCUGAAUUUGGACUUCCCAAUCCCGUUUCUAUUCCCAUGCCACAGUGAUGAGCUCAUGGAGGAGACUGAGGGCACAGACUAUGCCUUGAGGAAUCUGCAGCCCCAUUGAGAGGGUCCCUCCUCCAGACACUGUGGUUGGCCUCAGAGGCGAGCAUGACCACUUAUGGGAAAAGACCACGUGGAGGUACCCUGCUUUAAACAGCAGGGGAUGGAGGACUCAGUUUGGGAAAUUGACAAAGCAGAUUCUAGCCUGGAAAGAUGGGCAGACACACACACAGACACACAGAUACACACAAACAGACACACAGAGAGAGAGAGGAGGAGGACAGAGAGAAAGGGAGAGAGAAAUCUUCCAGUGACCAGCAAAAGACCUGUUAUGAGUCAUGCUUGUGGUUGAGCAACAGGACGACUUCUCCAGGCAGGCAUGGAAACAACAGAGCCUGGGGUCCAGUGCACUACUGACUCUGCCUCCAUCCAUGCACACCUCAGACUCUACUAUCUAGAUCAUUGGUCCAGAGUGGAGCAGGGAUGGCCGUGGGAUACAGGUGAGGGCUGACAGCUGUGGGUAACGGACUGUGGGAUGAACUGUCUCCCUAGUAUGGAUACACACUAGACCAUGGAGCUCUCCGUAACUCCGGAUCCACGUAUCUGGUGUCCUUUUCUGAUCUCCUCAGGCACAUGAGAUACACACAAAUAUACCCCAUGAAAAAACUUUAUUAAAAAAAAAAAAAACAAAAACAAAAA